CAGACAACUCUUAAGAUGUUGCGAAAUAAAAGCCCUAAUAGCUUGACUGGCACCUUUUCGCUGGUGGUGCUAACAGUCUACCUGUUGUUGGUUGUUCCAGCACUUUCUCAUACUGGAAGCGUAGAAUCCAGCAAGGAGGAACUGCAACUAAGGGAACUGGAGCCCAAGUUGGAGGCGGACUCUGGCAUGCUCCAUGAACACGGAACAGGACCUUCGCUGACCCGCUUUGGUAGCAACAGGCGCAUUGAGAGAUCCAUUGGAUUUGGUCCUAAAGUUUUCCAGAUUUCCCGCUCCAAGCUGCCUAUGGAAUUGGGAAUCCUCGUGGACACCGUUGACAGUGACCGUCCCAAGCGUUAUGAUGACUACGGACACAUGAGAUUUGGCAAACGGGGCGGUGAUGAACAGUUCGAUGAUUAUGGCCAUAUGCGAUUUGGACGCUAAUUCUUCGACAUACAGAAUAGAUGUAGGUAUCUUGGAGGGAUUCGAUUCUGUAAAUAGCACACAUAAAUAUUCUUAUAUUUAACCCUGGUACAACUAAAUAAAGAUCAAUUUUGCAUUCCACAAAGGA